AUGGCUGGUGGAUCUCUGAUUGAUGACACCAACAUGAGCUUCAUGGGUCAAAUGGCCCUUGCCCUUGGCAAGCUGUCCAACCUUGAAGGUUUUGUGAUACAGGUUAUGGUUUCACAUGAAAUUUUCACUCUUGAUCAUUAUGUCAGUGUUAUAUAG